AUCCCCUUUCCCUUCCUCAGCAGCCUCCGGCCGCAGCCAUGCCCAAGCCAUCAUCAGGCACCUCCACCUCCGCCCCCUUGCUCCCCACGACCACCAUCUCGGUUCCCAAGUCGUCAUCCCACCCCGCCCCCGCGAUGCUCCUCAACUCGCUCGCCACAUUUGGGCGCUCCCUCCUCUCAUCGUCGCGGCGAACCCCGGUCGCCAUGCUCGCCACCACCUUCUUCCUCCUCACGCUCGUCAUGUACGACGAGGACACCCGCACAAAUGUCGAGCUCUCCAUCGACGACUACCUCUACCUAGACGCCGACCUCUACAACGUCUCCGACCUGCUGCUCCUCCCGGGUCUCGCCCAGGAUCUGCAUCCGCAUCUAGCGCAUCGAGCAUGAUGCUGUUGAGCGGAUGAGCUGCUCAGCGCUCUCCUCACCGCAACCUCCCACGGUGGCGACGCCAGGUAGAGAGAGCAGGUCCCUAUGCCCCGUGCCGUUGUGGAGGGCAUGGAGUGCGAGCUGUAGGUGGAGUGAGAGCGUGUGUGGGACUGUGGGGAGAGGAUGAGUUAUGAAGGAUGCAUGAUCCAAAGAACAUCAACCAUUGAUGUGAGCGAGUAAGAGAUUAAUGGACUUAGAGUAUGAUCUGGUCCGUUUAUUUC